CCGCGCCGCGCCGACCGGGACCCCCGCCCCGCGGCCAUGGAGCCGCUGUACCAGCAAACCCACAAGCAGGUGCACGAUGUCCAGUCUCACAUGGGCCGCCUGGAGACAUCUGACAAGCAGUCCUUGCACCUGGUGGAGAACGAGCUUCAAGGCAGGAUAGACCAGAUAUUCAACAGCCUAGAGCGCCUGGAGGUUCUGUCCAACAAGGAGCCUCCCAACAAGCGGCAGAAUGCCAAGCUCCGUGUAGACCAGCUGAAGUACGACGUCCAACAUCUGCAGACGGCACUGCGGAACUUCCAACACCGGCGUUUCGCCCGGGAGCAGCUGGAGAGGCAGCGGGAGGAGCUCCUGGCCCAGACCUUCACAACUAACGAUUGUGCCACCACCGCCAUCCCCAUGGAUGAGACACUGCAGCUGAACUCAUCCCUGCAGAAAGUCCAUCAUGGCAUGGACGAUCUCAUUGGUGGCGGCCACAGCAUCCUGGAGAGACUGAGGGCGCAGAGGCUGACGCUGAAGGGCACCCAGAAGAAAAUCCUGGAUAUUGCCAACAUGCUGGGGCUGUCCAAUACAGUCAUGCGGCUAAUCGAGAAGCGGGCGUUCCAGGACAAGUACUUCAUGGUCGGCGGGAUGCUGCUCACCUGCCUCAUCAUGGUCCUCGUGGUGCACUACCUGACGUGACAGGCAUGGCCCUCACAGGCCUCAGUGUGCGUGUGUGUGUGAGUGUGUGUGAGAGCGUGGGGGACACAGAGGAUGACAGUCUUCUGGAACUGGGAGAGGCCCCACUGAGACUUUCAGACAAGUGUUUUGUCCAUUUCUUGGCACCCCAGACUGGCAAAGGGGAGCAAAGAUGCUUUGUGCUUGGGAGAAUUGAGGGAUGGGAGGA